CGGAGCGCGCGCGGCCAGGCUGGACCCGCUUCGCCAACUCUUCGACGGACCAUGCCCGGCCUGAAGCUGUACUCGGUGUCGGACAGCCCGCCCACCCUGGCGGUGAGGAUGCUGCUGGCGGCCCUGGACCUCCCUCACGAGCUGGUCGACGUCGACUUCGCGGCCGGCGAGCACCUCACCGAGAGCUACGCCCAGAUAAACCCUCAAAAAGAAGUACCGUGUAUAGACGAUAAUGGUUUUCUACUCAGUGAAAGUGUUGCAAUCCUGCAGUAUCUGGCAGAUCGGUACGGCAAGAACGAGGACCUGUACCCCAGAGAUCCUCAGAAGAGAGCUGUUGUGAACCACCGACUAGUUUUCAACCUGUCCACUUACUAUCAGUACAUUAGUGAGUAUGUGAUGGCGCCAAUCUUCUAUGCAUACGAGAGAACAGCGCUUGGUCUCAAGAAAACUAACAUCGGACUAUCUGUGUUCAAUACUAUUUUGGAGAGGAAUGCUACCAAAUUUGCCGCAGGAGACGAAAUGACCAUCGCCGACUUGGCUCUGGUCGCAGCGACGAUGUGCCUAGAGGCGAUCAACUUCGACGUGAGCCCGUACCCGCGCGUGGCCCGGUGGUACGCCGACUUCAAGGGCGACUUCCCCUCGCUGUGGCGCGUGGCGGAGCGGGGGAUGAAGGAGAUCCGGCAGUUCGACAGAGACCCGCCGGACCUGUCGGGCCUGAACCACCCCAUCCACCCCACGAGCAAGAAGCGAACCAACCACUAGCGCUGCGGUGCAGUGGCGUAGCCAGGGUGUGUGUGUGUGUGUGUGUGUGUGUUUGUGUUUUGGGUGUCCAAACACCCCUUGAAAUAUUUAUAUAUAUAUAUAUAUGUAGUGGCGUAGCCAGGAUUUUUGUAUGGGGGGUGUUACGAAGCAUGGCCCCCCUAUUUAAGCGGGGGGUCCGGGGGUCCUCCCCUGGGAAAAUUUGGUUUUUAAGGUGUAAAAUAGUGCUAUUUUAGCAGUUUUCGGUACUUAAAUUUAAAUAUUGUAAUGGUAAAAUUUUUAUUAAUUUUAAUAUGAAAUUUGUUUGAGUGAUGAAUAAGAAAUUAAUUAAAGAUUUGGUGCUAAGGGGUGGGGUGGGGGGGUUUGAAUCCCCCGGCUACGCCCCUGUAUAUAUGCACUUAUGACAAAAUUUACACUUGUCUAGCUGUUGCAAAUGCACUUGGAUGAAACUAAGAAAGAACCCUUGAGCCGAUAACCCUUAAUAUUCAGCAAUGAGUUUUCAACAGUGUCUCGUUAAAAAUAUCAUAUAAUAUAGUCGGGACACAAACUUAUGUUGUUUAAAUCCAAUAUUUUAAUUACGAAAGUGCUUAAAUAGCACCAAAUUGCACAUUAAAAUCAACAUUUUUUCCGGGGGCAGGGUGUAAGUAAACACCCCCCGAAAAGAAAACCUGGCUACGCCCCUGUGCGGUGCUAGUCCGCUCAAACGAUAUUCAUUAAAAAUAAAACACCUGUUUACUUACUCACGUGUUUAGACAUUUAUUUUUAAUGUGUACUAUCUUAGCACUCCGUAUACGGCAUUUUGGUGGGAGUCUUUUCCGCGAAUGUGACUGAAGUCGAGGAACGGAAAUUGUGUAACAACCACGGCGCUGCCAUCUUUGGCGGAUUGCGCGAGCCAAAAAUCCACAAAUACAUAGAGGGAAACUGUUUAAUUAAUGCCGGGGUUCAAGUUUUUUUCUUCUUUCAAGUCUUUUCGCUUUCAUUGAAGCCGCUUCAUUAUACAGUCAAAAUAUUUCGGUUUGCUAAUCACAUGUUUCAGUAGUUGAUGUAGCUGCUCGGUCAGCGAAUUCUAGUGGCGGGUGCGCGGGAACUACGUUUGAUUCGCGUCCAUAAAUGUAGCUGAAAACAUAAUUUGCUUAUAUUUAUUUUAAAGAAUUCUACGAUAAAUUUCGUGUCCUAAUUUCUCAUCACAUUUGCCACAUGAGAACACAUGAAUUUGCUCGUUACUGAAGAUAGAAGUUACACACCACGGGCAAGUAUUGAAAGACUCACUCGCAAUUUUUUUUUAAUGCUAGCCAAUAGAUAAUGUCCAGAACAGACUGGUACUAUAAAGUACUAAAACAACAAAAACAGAGAGAAAAUACAUACACAGACACAAUAUAAUAAAAUAUUUAACAAAUGAACAAUAAAAUAACUAAACAAAUGUUAACAAUCCCAGGAAUAUCAAGUAAAUAUUAUUAUUGUUAAUGCCGUUAGUAAAAAUAAUGCUAAACAAGUGUAAAGCUAAUGUAUUAUAAAAUAUUUUGGCCAAUUUUACAAAUGUAUAUGCACUACUGUAAUAAAUAUCUAACACAAAA